AUGGUUCCAAAAUCUUUUGGGUCUGCAGUCUGCAGUCCGCAGUCCGCAGUGGCUGAACGUCUGAAUGCAGACAGGCGGGCGGGCGGGCUGGCUCAAUGGAGGCUGUGCAGCCCAGGGGGACAGGGCCCCGCAUCACCCCUGCGCCCUGCCACCACUCCACCCUGCCACCACUCCACCACUCCACCCCUGCCACCCCUGCCACCACUCCACCCCUGCCACCCCUCCACCACUCCACCCUGCCACCCCUGCCACCACUCCACCACUCCACCCCUGCCACCACUCCACCACUCCACCCUGCCACCCCUGCCACCACUCCACCACUCCACCCCUGCCACCCCUCCACCACUCCACCCUGCCACCCCUGCCACCACUCCACCACUCCACCCCUGCCACCACUCCACCACUCCACCCCUGCCACCACUCCACCACUCCACCCUGCCACCCCUGCCACCACUCCACCACUCCACCCCUGCCACCACUCCACCACUCCACCCCUGCCACCCCUCCACCACUCCACCCUGCCACCCCUGCCACCACUCCACCACUCCACCCCUGCCACCCCUCCACCACUCCACCCUGCCACCCCUGCCACCACUCCACCACUCCACCCCUGCCACCACUCCACCCUGCCACCCCUGCCACCACUCCACCACUGCCACCACUCCACCCUGCCACCCCUGCCACCACUCCACCACUCCACCCCUGCCACCACUCCACCAUGCCACCACUCCACCCUGCCACCUCUGCCACCCUGCCACCCCUGCCACCCUGCCACCACUCCACCACUCCACCACUCCACCCUGCCACCACUCCACCCCUGCCACCACUCCACCCUGCCACCCCUCCACCCUGCCACCCUGCCACCACUCCACCCCUGCCACCCUGCCACCCCUCCACCCUGCCACCCUGCCACCACUCCACCCUGCCACCCUGCCACCACUCCACCCCUGCCACCACUCCACCCCUGCCACCCUGCCACCACUCCACCACUCCACCCUGCCACCACUCCACCCCUGCCACCCUGCCACCACUCCACCCUGCCACCCCUCCACCCUGCCACCCUGCCACCACUCCACCCCUGCCACCCCUGCCACCACUCCACCUCUGCCACCACUCCACCACUCCACCCCAGCAUCACCCCUGCGCCCUGCCACCCCUGCCACCACUCCACCCUGCCACCACUCCACCCCUGCCACCCCUCCACCCCUGACACCCCUGCCACCACUCCACCCUGCCACCCCUCCACCACUCCACCCUGCCACCACUCCACCACUCCACCCCUGCCACCCCUCCACCACUCCACCCCUGCCACCCUGCCACCACUCCACCCUGCCACCACUCCACCCCUGCCAGCACUCCACCACUCCAGCGCUCCAGCGCUCCCCGGCCGACCCCAUCGCUCCUUCAUCAGGGCUCUGCCCCUCCACAUCCCGCCACUAA